UCGUCGCCCAACUGUCGUUCCACACAGUCGUGUUUCUAUUUACGCUCGUGGUGUUUUUUUUGAAAUUUCAACAUUUUUCGAGUGCCAUUCGGAUUAAUCGUUUUUCGGUUUGAUUAUUGUGCGCACCUUAUCUGACGAUAUUAUUUGAUCAUUUCAAAGAAAGGCCUAACAGUGUGGGAGCCAGUGACAAGUUCAACAAGUUCAACGUUUCAUUUGUUUCACGUGAUAUUUUUGGGUUCGAAUGAACUGCGUGCGAAAAGGGCAAAUGAAUUGAUGGCCCGGAAAUCGCCGUUAACUCGACAUGAUUUUCGUUGUGUUCGUUUGACAUCUGCCCAUUGAUUCUUCACUCCUCUCUCUCUCUCUCUGCGUGUGUGGUGUGUGUGGGUGUGUGUGUGGCAUUUUUUGAACAAAACACCUCGUGUCGGGUCUCUUUUUAUAUUUCAUUUGGGUUGACCUGCAUUGAAAAGGGGCAAAAGAAAAGUCAAUGUCGCUGGUGUCGUCCAGCCGGCCGAUGAAUUUGGUACAUUCGACGGAAAAGGAAUCCGUCACGGUCGCCCGUCACAAAACCCCUCCAACGUCCAGCUGGAUGCCUUUUGCCAGUUGUUGGUCAGUGCAUAGAGACCGGCGGAAAAUGCCUAGCCCCAGCUCCCCUACUCCUCUCCACCACCAUCGCGGAAUUGUCCGUCUCCUGAUUGUCUUGACCGUGACCGUCUGCUGUUUGUUCCGCCCGACCACCGGCCUCGUCGUCUCGCCAGCCGCCGACGGAUGUCAAAUCAGUGAAACCAAUGCGGAGGGCACAUCCAGCAGCCUUCACUGUCGCUUCCGGGCCUUCAAUCCCGACUGGACCAGUGGCUCCCUGGGCCGCGGCCUGGAACAGCAGUCGACCAAAGGAUUGUGGGUCGAGUGCGCCGACUCGACGGCCUAUCCAGUCAUCUUGCCCACCUCGGCCUUUGCCGCCUUCCCUCACCUGGAAUGGCUCCACUUGGACUCGUGUCGGCUCUCCGAUCUGCCGGCCAAGUCGCUCCAGGGACUGGCCAAACUCCGCCAGCUCCGCAUCCAGACCAGGAACGCCGACUGGCCCGGAACGUCGCUCACCAUUUCCGAUCAAUUGCUCAACGACGUCCGAUCGUUGGAGUCGCUCGAUCUGGCCCUCAACGACAUCCGCUCACUGCCCCGCCCGUCUCUCUGCGCCCUGGACAAGCUCGUCCAACUCAAUCUGACGGGCAAUCGAUUGAGCGAUCUACUCUGGACAAGGCCGGAAGCCAACCGCGGCGGAUGUCUCCAGUCCCUCAAAGUGCUGGACAUGUCCUACAAUCGCUUAGUCACUCUGCCCGUCCGAUCGCUGGCCAACUGGACACAACUGGAGGAGCUCCACCUCCAGGGCAACGGCCUGGUCAGUGUUGACGACAACAGUCUCAUCGGCCUGACUUCACUCCGGCUCAUCAAUCUGGCCGGCAAUCAGUUGACCUCACUGCCGCCGGGCCUCCUCUCGUCCAGCGCCGAGCACUUGGCCGAGCUCUACGUCAGCGCCAACGGCCUCACCGUUUUGGCGCCCGGAUUGUUGAGCGGAUUGAGCAAAUUGCUGGUGCUGGACCUGUCGGAAAAUCAACUGACGGCCUCCUCGUUCGAUCCGACGACCCUGAGCGGCCUCUUCCGCCUGGCCGUCCUUAGUCUUCACAACAACCGCAUCUCCCGACUGGACUCGACUCUUUUCUCCGAUUUGACCAACUUGCAAAUCCUCCGCCUGGACGGCAACAUGCUGGAAAGUCUGCCGGAAGGCAUUUUCGGCUCCCUGCCUCAUCUGCACACGCUCAUCUUGUCGCGUAACCGUUUGACGAGGCUGGACGGCCAGCUGAUGGCCAAUCUCAACUCGCUGUCCAUCCUGGCGCUGGACAACAAUUUAAUCGAGCGGAUCGAUCCGGAAGCCCUGGCUAAUACGACCCAGCUGCAGGAUUUGAACCUGAGCGGCAACAACCUGCCUUCGGUGCCCGUCGCCCUGGCCAGUCUCACUCGACUCCAGUCACUGGACCUUGGCGAGAAUCGACUGGUCGGCUUCGACUACGCCGUUCUCAACGGUAUGAAGGAGCUGUCCAGCUUGAGGCUGCUGGACAAUCAGAUCGGCAACGUCAGCCGGGCGACGUUCGCCAGUCUGCCCAGCUUGCGGAUCCUCAACUUGUCCAAGAAUCAAAUCGCCGCCGUGGAGGAGGGAGCCUUCAGUCAGAAUCCGCUGCUGCAGGCCGUCCGGCUGGACGCCAACGAGCUGACCGACCUGACUGGGCUGUUCCACUCUCUGCCCAACUUGGUGUGGCUCAACGUCAGCGACAACCGGUUGGCCCAUUUCGACUACGCCCUCAUCCCCAAGUCGCUGCAGUGGCUGGACAUGCACUUGAACCACAUCCCCGAGCUGGGCAACUAUUUCCAGCUGGACGACCAGCUCUCGCUGCAGACGCUGGACGCCAGUUUCAACCGACUGACGGAGCUGACGGCCAGCAUGCUGCCCGACAGUCUGCAGGUGCUCUCGCUCAACGACAACCUGAUUUCCUCCGUCCAGCCGUACACCUUCUUCCGCAAGGAUAACCUGACCCGCGUCGAUCUCUACGCCAACCACAUCGCCGAUCUCGACCAGAACGCCCUCCGCAUCUCGCCCACCUCUGACGGCCGUCCUUUACCCGAAUUCUACAUCGGCGGCAACCCGUUCCAGUGCGAUUGCAACAUGGAGUGGCUGCAGCGAAUCAACACGCCCGACCACCUGCGCCAGCAUCCGCGCGUCAUGGACCUGGAAGGCAUCUACUGCCGUCUGCUGCACAGCAGCCGGCCUCAGCGCUCCUAUGUGCCGCUGGUGGAGGCGACCCCGUCCAACUUCCUGUGCACCUACGAGACGCACUGCUUCGCCCUGUGCCACUGCUGCGACUUUGACGCCUGUGACUGCGAGAUGACCUGCCCGACCAACUGCACCUGCUACCACGACCAGUCCUGGUCGGCCAACAUCGUCGACUGCUCCGGCGGAUCUCACCCCAACCUGCCCGAGAGGAUCCCCAUGGACGUGACGGAAUUGUACCUGGACGGGGCCCAGCUCCGCGCUCUCUCCUCCCACAAGUUCAUCGGGCGCAAGAACCUGCGUCUGCUCUUCCUCAACUCCAGUGGAGUCGAGAUCAUCCACAACCGGACCUUCAACGGACUGCGCGGCCUCUACGUCCUCCACCUGGAAGACAAUCGCAUCCGCACGCUGGAAGGGUUCGAGUUUAGCGACCUGGAGUCGCUGCGGGAGCUCUACCUGCACAACAACGCCAUCACUUCCAUCCAGAACCGGACGUUUUCGGCCCUGAAACACCUGCAGGUGCUCAGGCUGGACGGUAAUCGGCUGGUCGAUUUCCCCGUCUGGAAUCUCCUCUCCAACGCACCGGAGCUCAACGCCCUGACGCUCAACGACAAUCCGUGGAGCUGCGACUGCCUUUUCCUGGCCGAAUUGCGGACGGCCCUGCACACGGCCGGCCCCAAAGUCUCCGACGCCAGCCAGUUGAUUUGCGUGACCAACGAGCGCGAUUCCGUCGUCUCCAGUCUGCCCGUCCUGAUGCCGGAAGUGCUGGAGGGAGGCUCCAACCGCAGCUCCAACCGCAGCCUGGGCCUCUGCGUCAGUCCGACUCCGUCGGCCACGACCAUCGUCCAGCAGCGCGUCAUCCAGGACUAUCUGCCGCUGUUGGUGACGACUCUGGUGGCCUUCAUCGCCGUCACGCUCAUCAUCCUGUUCGUCUUCAUCUACCGGCAGCCAGUGCGCGUCUGGUGUCACGCCCGCUACGGCCUGCGCCUCUGGGCGUCCGGCAGUGGCAGCGGCGGCUCGGCGGCCACGCCCGACAGCAAACUCUUCGACGCUUUCCUCUCGUACAGCGCCAAAGACGACGCUUUCGUCCAGCAGAUGCUGGCCACCAAUUUGGAGUACGGCUCGCCGACCUACAAGCUCUGCCUGCAGCACCGCGACUGCCCGUCUGGCGGCGGGGCUUACGGACUGUCGGAGACCAUCAGCCAGGCCGUCGACUCGUCGCGCCGCACCGUCAUGAUCAUCUCGCCCAACUUCAUCAAGGCCGAGUGGUGCCGCUUCGAGUACAAGUCGGCCCUGCACCAGCUCUUUGGCACGUCGCGCCACUGCCAGCAGCAGCAGACGAAAAGCGCCAAGCAGACCAAACGGCUCAUCGUCAUCCUCAUUGGCGACGUGACCCACAAGGACCUGGACGCCGACUUGAAACUUUAUCUCAAGACCAACACCUACCUGCAGUGGGGCGAGGACGGAUUCUGGGAUAAACUCCGGUUCGCUCUGCCCGAUCCCGUCCAGCAGCCCAGCCGGGCCCAGCAGCAGCAGCAGGCGCAACACCAGCAGACGACGCACAAAUCUGUGCGUCCUUGCGGUGGCGGUCCCAUGAUCAACACGAUGACUGCGGCCCCGAUGGCCGCCACUUCGGCGGCCAUGGCGGCCCACCAGAUGCACCUGCACCAGCAGCGCAGCGCUUCCCGGCCUUGCAACGUCACCAUUCCGCCGAGAACCGUCACGCUCAACAUGAGCGGCUGAACAGACUGGUCCGGCUGGUAUUAAUAUAUUUUCUUGCACGUCAUUGUGAUAUUGAAUUCCCCCAUCCCCCCUCCCUUUCUCCUAUAUACACGAUUCGUAUCGCCAUUAAAUAAAAAAGAAAGAAGAAGAAGGAAAAUGAAAUUUCAUUUUUCGUAUCAACAUUCAAAUUCGUUAAAAUCCGAUUAACGAUCUUGUGAUAUUUCCCCCACCCCCACCCCUUGUGCAUAUAAUCCCCUUCCUUCUCGUGUAUCAUUUUCUCUCCAAGUCUUGUCCAUAAUUUUUUGUUUUUUUUUAGAUUGUGUGUCGAUGGAUUUUUUUCUACAGUAAAAAACAAACAAACAAAUUCUAUUAUUAUUUUACAAAGUUUGAGUCAAAUGUUUUCGAUGAAACGUUAUUUUAAAAACAUAACUUUUCGCGCCCCAUCACGUCUUAUCGAGUGUUUUGUCAGUACAGUCUGUUGAGUUGGAGUUAUAUGUAUUUGUUCGUGUUGUCCAGUAUAUAAUUCCGUUUCGUGCAUUCGAUUCAACUUUUGAUGUGUAAAUUGAAUAUAUCGCUCUAUUUAAAGCAACUACAAAAUUACCAUCCGCUAGAAACGAUCCUUAUCAGAUAGUUUCCUAUCCCGAAAUAAAAAAAAGAAAAUCAUGAA